GCUAGAAAUUUUACACUUUUUAGUCAAAUUAUACUGGGUAAUUAAUUUUAUGUUAGGAUAUCUGAGGGAUUUUGAUAGGUAGUAGAUGUGGUAUAUGUUUAUGAACUCCAAUUCAGUGCUAAAACAAUUUGAAGUAGGUGAGAGAUUUGGAUAGUUGAGAAUCGGCUAUAAUAAUGAUUUUGAAGAAAAGGUCGAUAUGAUAAAGAUUUUAGUUAUUUAGCUAAAUUUAGAAUAAUUCUCUUAUUUAUAUUUAGAUCACCUUCUUUACCCCAUAUAUCAGAAAGAAAAAUGGCUAGUCAAUGUUCCAAAAUACCUGUACCUUUUCGAACUCUAGCUUAUUGUGAAGGUGUUCAUUAUGGAACGGAACAAGAUUGGAAUUUAGUUUUGGAAUUAUUUAGAAAUGAAAUUGUUCAAGUAGAGAAGGAACGUUUACUUAUAGCGUUGGCGUGUUCUAGAGAUACACUUACAUUAAAAAUGCUUCUUACAAUGGCCAUUGAUCUUAACAAUACAAUUAUCCGUUUACAAGACAGUCCUUCGGUUUUCAAGUAUGUUGGAAGUAGAAUUAUUGGAAAGAAAAUAAUUUUGGAUUUUUUUAUUGAUAAAUGGCCAAUAAUUUAUCAAAAACCAACAACGUAUGUUACGUUCAAUUAUUUCUUCAUCAAUUAUUGGCAAAUCUCAAAGGGUUAUGGACCAAGUAGAGAACUUUCUUAG